ACUUCCUGGGGGAGCGGGCGGGCAGGUGCGGUGCGGUGCGGUGCGGUGCGGUGCGGUGCGGUGCGGUGCGGUGCGGUGCGGUGCGUGGAGAUGAGCGCGGAGCCGGACGGCGUCUCGUUGCGCUCCUCCUCGUCCUCGUCGGGCUCGCUGGGCUCGGCGGCGGGGCCGGCGCUGCGGCCGCUGUCGGCCAACGUGCGGCGGCUGCACCAGGCGCUGACGGCGCUGCUGAGCGAAGCGGAGCGGGAGCGCUUCAUCCUCUGCCUCAACGCCUACCACGGCCGCCGCAACGUCUGCGAUCUGGUGCGCUCCCUCCGCGCUCUCCUCGACGGGCCCCGACGGCGGCAGCUGCUGCCUCUGCUGCGCCUGGUGCUGCCGCGCUCCGACCAGCUGCUCUUCGACCAAUACACGGCCGAGGGGCCCUACCUGCCGCCCCCCGGCCGCCCCCCGCCCCCUCCGGGCGAACUGCGCCAGGUGACGCUGCGCCGGAGCAAAGCCCACGAGGGUCUGGGCUUCAGCAUCCGCGGCGGGGCCGAGCACGGCGUCGGGAUCUACGUGUCGCUGGUGGAACCCGGCUCGUUGGCUGAACGGGAGGGGCUGCGCGUCGGGGACCAGAUCCUGGGGGUGAACGGCAAGCCGCUGGACAGAGUGACCCACGCCGAGGCAGUCAAGGUCCUGAAAGGCUGCAAGAAGCUGAACCUGUCUGUCCAUUCGGUGGGACGCAUCCCGGGGGGCUAUGUCACCAACCACAUCUACACCUGGGUGGACCCGCAGGGCCGCAGUGUGUCCCCGCCGACGGGGCUGCCACACCACCAGAACAGCACGCUGCGCAGGGACGGCGAGAAGAGGAGCCACCUCCAGCUCCUGCAGGAGGGAGAUGAGAAGAAGGUGAACCUGGUCCUGAACGAGGGGAAGUCCCUGGGGCUCAUGAUCCGAGGAGGGGCAGAGUACUCCUUGGGCAUCUACAUCACCGGCGUGGACAAGGGGUCCGAGGCGGAGAGCACUGGCUUGAAGGUAGGAGACCAAAUCCUGGAGGUGAAUGGCAGGAGCUUCCUCAGCAUCCCACACGACGAGGCGGUGAAGCUGCUCAAGUCCUCCCGCCACCUCAUCAUGACGGUGAAGGACAUCGGGAGGCUGCCCCAUGCCCGCACCACCGUGGACGAGACCAGGUGGAUAGCGAGCUCCCAGAUCGGGGAGACCCUCGUCAGCUCCACGGGGGUGGUGGGCGAUCACGCUGCGGAGGCGACAGCCAGGCCCGUGUUCUACCGGGGCCUGGCUGGCUCGCAGGUGACGCUGAGCAGCAUGGUGAACCAGACCCGGGUCAUGCUGGAGGAGCAGGCGAGGCACCUGCUGAACGAGCAGGAGCGGGCCACCAUGGGCUACUACCUGGAUGAGUACAAGGAAGGCCACAUCUCCGUGGAUGCUCUGGUCAUGGCGCUCUUCGAGCUGCUCAACACGCACGCGAAGUUCUCGCUGCUCUCGGAGGUGCGGGGUGUGAUCUCCCCGCAAGACCUCGAUCGCUUCGACAACCUGGUGCUGAAGAGAGAGAUCGAGUCCAUGAAAGCCCGGCAGCCUGCGGGACCCAGCACCGGCACCGACUCCUACUCCAUGAUGUCCUACAGUGACACCAUCUCCUCCUCCAGCAGCCACUUCACCUCUACAACCGUCAGCUCAGCCCGGGAGCGGCUCUUGUGGCUAAUAGACCUGAUGGAGAACACAUCAGAAUUGGAGGGAGGUGGAGACUGCCAGCAGAGCAGCAUCAACACGCUGCCGGACAUCUCGCUGGAUGACCUCUCGUCCUUCCCGGAGGAACCCCCCAACUUCAAGCCUCCCCCUCCUCCCACAGCCCCCCAGAUGCUGGAUCCCUCCGCUGCCCAGCACAGAAACCCAGGGAAGGACAAACCCAAGCGCCCUUCCUCCGAGUCCUCCCAGUCAGGCCUCUUCUUUGUGGCCCCCCGAAACCCCACGCCCCCUCCGAGCCACUCCGAGAAGGACACCAUCAGCGUGGCCUCCACCGCCACCACCUCCACCGAGGAGUCCGCCCCGAGCGCCAUCUACGCCACCAUUUCCCCGGCCCCGCGCGGCUCCCGACGGCAAAUGGACGCGCAGCUCUCCCUGCUCAGCCAUCCCCCCAUCGGCCCCUUCCCCAGGGUGCAGUCCCCCUCCAGGCUGACCAGCCCCGCUAAGGAAGGGAUGCCAUUCAGGUUCACAAAGUGGGCCCGCAUUGACCUGAUGAUGUUCGACACGGCCAAGCGCAAGGUGCUGUACUCGGGUUGGGGCAAUCCCAGGCAUGAGAACAGACUGGGAGAACUGGAGAGCAGCCCCGCAGAGAAGCACUUGAGGGCCCUGCCGGACAGAAAGCUGGACAUGAGGCAGCAAUGGCACUUGGUGCUCCCUAUGCACAACUCUGCUCUCCAGGAUGGGUUCACUCGGGAACCUUGCUCUAAAAUGAGGUCCAAGCACAUGGGACCUGCCCAGCUCCAGGAGCAGAGAUGUCCUCUCCGUGUUGGUGAUGGCAGCACCGGUCCCAUCAUCCCCCCUCCCUCUAACAGCCCGCAUCUCUCCGCAGCCUCCACGCUCUCCCAGCUGUCAGACAGCGGGCAGACCCUCAGCGAGGACAGCGGGGUGGACAUCGGCGAGGUGGAGGUCAGCGGCAAGGACAAGAGCAGGCAGCCGGUCCCUGGGAAAAGCCGAAGCCUCAAGGAGGGCACGAGGAGCGAGGGGACAGCAGAAGGGGCCUCCAAGCCGCCGGGGCUCCUGGAGCCCACCUCGUGUCUGAUCCGGGUGUCCAAGAGCGCGCCCACCUUGGGAAUUGCCAUCGAGGGCGGAGCGAACACGCGGCAGCCGCUGCCCCGCAUCGUCACCAUACAGCGCGGGGGCUCGGCGCACAACUGCGGGCAGCUGAAGGUGGGCCACGUCAUCCUGGAGGUGAACGGCACGGGGCUGCGGGGCAAGGAGCACCGCGAGGCCGCCCGCAUCAUCGCCGAGGCCUUCAAGCUGAAGGAGAAGGACUACAUCGAUUUCCUGGUCACAGAGUUCAACGUCGCCCUUUAGGAGCCACGUAGGACCGGGGGCACCCGGAUGGGAACGGGAGGCGACGUGGGGGCACCGGUGCCCCCCCACUGCUGCACCGCAACGCACACGCAGAAUCCCACACACCGUCCCCCAGCUGUCCCCCACGGGGCUGAGAACGGACAGACGUACACCCGC